CGUUAAAAUAUGGAAUUUGACUUCGUGCUUCCACAAAAGCACGAAGAUUUGCUUAACACAACUGGAAACUGCUAUUGCGUUAAUCAUAUCAUAAACGAGAAAGAAUGCGGCGAGAAAUUGAGACUUGCCCGUUUGGCCUUGACAGAACAUGGAACUACAUUUAUAUUUGAUCAUUACGAUGUUUUCCACUCCAUCAUAGUUCAUUGCAAACAUUUACAAUCUCAAACGAUUUUCCGCGCCAUGGAUCUUUUAUAUAAAUCAGUUGAUGCGUUAGGAAAAGUACUCGCUGAAUUCCUUCAACAAUCAAAUUCAUCAGUAAAAGAACGUCAUGGCAUGCUUAAUGCUCUUAAAAUGUUGAUCUACUCGCAAGUGACGCUUGUUAAGUUUGUUGACAAAGAAGUGAUUACAAAUGACGGCAAGAAAAGUAAAAAACAAUCACCCGAAGAUUUAACGCAAGGGAAGUGGGAAGAAAUGAGAUAUUCUGCUCUUCUUCAACUAUUUAAUAUUCUUCAAUUGCCUUUGGGUGGUUUGUGGGAUCCACCAAUAGCCGAAGAACCUUUUGUGAAUCUUUGCGGAGAUUUCGCUUAUCGUACCCUUGAUCAUCCAUCAAUUAAAUCCUCGAAUGUGCAUGAUACAUCAUUUCAAAUCUUGGGAACAUUACUCAAAAAUUAUAAUCAUGCGCUUGUCUUUCCUAUUCAAAUUUUUGAGCUUUUGAAAAGCAGUGAAAUGUCGGCAAUUGCAAUCGCAAAUGGAGUUCCAAUUCUCGCUGAAAAUUUCGGCAUACAAACGAUUGUGAAAGUGAUCAUCGAUCAGAUUGUAUCUGGACUUGAUAACUCAUCUGGUGGUUCUGUUGUGAAAAAUAUUUCAGCAUUCCUCACUGAAUUAGGAAAUGUUUCACCAAAGCUUGUCAUGCCAUACAUUCGCGAUAUUGCUGACGAACUUUUGAAUCUCGAAUCUUAUCUGCUUCGUAUUUGCGUUCUUCAAGUAAUGACUGAGAUUUUAGUCGGGGAAUUAAAUGGCGAAGAACUUUCACAAGAAGAAAAAGAUACACGAGAUGAAUAUUUAGAUAACAUCUUUGAACAUAUUCACGAUGUCAAUGCACACGUUCGCUCAAAAGCUUUGGGAAUGUGGAUUCAUUUGAAACAAGAGAACGCAAUUCCUCUCGUUUGGAUCACUCCAGUUCUUGAUAGAGCUACAAUGCGCUUAGAAGAUCGAUCGAAUCUCGUUAGAAAGAACGUAAUUAUUCUUAUAAAAUCAUUUUUAGAACGAAAUCCUUACGCUGCAAAGUUAUCAUUGGAAGAAUUGGAGCAACGAUAUGAAGAGAAGUUGAAAGAGUUGAGCGACUUUCGUGAGAAGAUGACGAAGGAAGCUGAUAAGAUGGAUGAAGUAAAUGAAAAAUGGGAUGAAGUUCUAAUCGAAAUGAAGCCAUUUAUCAUAUCAUGUCUGGCAUUAGAAUCAAUAAAAGAGGAAGGAAUCCGCCCCGAAGAUUGUGACAAUCUCUUCCUUAAAUUCCCACAAAUGUUAGCUGAUAAAGAGUAUGAACGACUCAUUUUAUUAACGAGAAGAGCGGAAGAACUUAAUGGAAAUUGGGAAACAAUCAAAGAAAUGGAACCAAUUCAUGCUCAAGUUUACUUCGCAAUGCUUUUAAAAUCUUAUUACAUGCUUCAAAACAGUUGCAAGAGUUAUGAAGAAGAGUACAAAAAAACUGACACUGCUGUGCGAUUUUUAGAGAAUUCAUUGGAAUUCUCACGAGUUAUCGUCAAUGCAGUUCCAAAACUUCAAGAAUUACUCAUGUCAAAAGUAGAAUCGGACGUAACUGAAGCAAUUAAUUUCUUCACUUCAGCUUAUCAGUUUGGCAUUAAAAAUACCGAAAGCGGAAUGUGCCAACUUUUAUAUCUUGUGUGGACAGUUAGCAAGGAUAAACGAGGACCAGUGCGUGAUGCUUACAAAUGCGUGCUUUUUACCACCGACCAUCAGGGCCGCGCUCACGAUGUCAAAGCUGUCAACAAUUUAAUGAGAUUUAUUGAGAAAGUAACUUUUAGUCAAUUUGUGGCAUUUGAAGAACUUUUGCGAGAAUUUCUUGAGUCUGGUGACAUCGGAGCGGGAAUGAUUCAAGUUAUGUUUGAGAUUUACACUAAGAAACUUGAUAAUGUUACCAACAAUGAUUCACGACUUGCUCUUCAACUUCUAGUAAUUUGUUCGAGCGCCAAACCGGAAAUUGCAAUUCGAAAUUCUUCAAUCAUUGAAAAGCUUUGCUUUGAAGAUCAGGAGGGAGAGAAGGAUUCGAGAAUCUACACAUUAACAUUGGACUUCUUAAUGAAUGUUCAUGGUGAUAAAGAUGAAAAUACGUACAAAAGAUUGAAUGGAGAUGAUCAAAAAGUCGCGAAUGUCAUUGCAAUGUAUCGAAAAUAUUUCCUCAAUGAUCAAACGAUGAAUUUUGAUGAUGUUUGUAGCAAAACUUUCCAGUUCAUUUACAAAAUGUGUCAUUUACCGAACAUCAUCAGCCAAGAGUUGAUCAAAGAUCUUUGGAAUGAAAUUCUUUUGAUAUCGAAAGAUCUUCAAGUCGAUGGUUGUCAAAAUGAAGGAGAAAACAAUCCCAGUGAAAUAAUUUCACAAAAUCCCACCGACGUCUUCAGUCAACUGACUCAAGAGACGGCCAACAAUACUUUGCUUAAAAUGCCAAUGAAACUCGCUUCGCGCUUCAUCUUUAUGUUGGGCUACGUUGCAAUGAAAGAACUCAUUUAUCUCGAUGUUGACAUCUUUUCCAAUCUCAAACAUCGUCAAGAUUUAACAUCGCAUUUGAAGAGCAAGAAAGGACCAGUCGACAAACUCCGCAAUUCAAUUGCUAAUAUGUCAGCAUCGUCAGUCAAACGUCGAUCAACAAUUCAUCACGCUCCAGGGGAGGAAGAAGAGAAUCCUGAAGAAGACAUCGUCGGACAAUCAACUGAUGAUGCUUUUGCUGAUCAAAUCAACUCAAUUUGUGAGAAAGAAAUGCUUUUUCAUAAAGACAGCAUCUUUCGUCGUUUCAUUCCAAUGAUCGUCGACUUCCUCAAGCAUCCUGCCAAGUACAAUCACCCAGAAUUGCAACGAUCAGCUCUGCUUUCUCUUCUCCACUUCAUGUCUGUUAGUUCUGAAUUUUGUGAGAAAUAUAUGCAAUUCUUAAUGAACGUCUUUCAACACAAUCAAGACAUUGAUAUUAAAUGUAAUGUAAUCAUUGGAAUGAGUGACUUAACCUUCCGUUUUCCAAAUGUUAUUGAGCCAUGGAGUGGACAUCUUUACUCAACACUUUAUGAUGAAAAUCGUGACUUGAGAUUGACGUCAGUCAGAAUUUUAUCACAUUUGAUUUCGCAUGAAAUGAUUCUUGUUAAAGGACAAAUUUCUGAUCUUGCAAUGUGUCUUGUUGACAAAGACGAUGAGAUUAGAAGCACCACCGAAGUUUUCUUCAAAGAAAUCGCGAAUAAGUCGAAUAUUUUGUACAAUGUUCUUCCGGACAUUAUCAGUCGGUUGAGUGAUCCAAAGCUCAAGUUGGAAGAAGGAAAAUAUCAAAUCAUCAUGAAAUAUAUCAUGGGAUUGAUUCAUAAAGAUCGUCAAGUUGAAGGAUUAGUUGAAAAGCUUUGUUUCCGUUUUAAAGUCACUGAACAAGAACGUCAAUGGCGUGACAUUUCUUACUGCCUUUCAUUGUUGACUUAUACAGAAAAAACGAUCAAGAAAUUAACCGACAACAUUAUUCUGUUCAAGGAUAAAGUUCAAGUUGAUGAGGUUUACGAAUACUUUAAGCAAAUUAUCAGCAAUACAUCGAAACUAGCAAAACCAGAACUAAAGGCUGUUGUACAAGAUUUCGAAAUGAAACUUGAAGAGUGCCUUGCAGUUAACGAUAAUCCAGCCAUAACCAACGAUGAUAAUCAAGAAACAAUUAAACGUCGCAUAAAAUUGCCGGUUGAUAAGCGGCCGGGUCGAAGCAAAACGAACAAAAAAGUUCCACAGACUCGUGGACGUAAUCGCAAAGCAGCAGAAGAGAAUUCCGAAAGCAGUUUAAGUAGCAGUAGCAGUGACAGUGAGUUGGAAAAUCAUCCGCCACGUCGUCAGAAAGGCGCCAGGAAGGUUGAACCACGCAAGAUCAUUAACACAGAUUCUGAAGAAGAAGUUGCUUCAACUGCAAACAAACGUCAAACUUCUGUUCGUGCUAGACGCAUUACCAAAGUCGUCCAAGAGGAAACGUCUUCAGGUAAGAAGCGGCUCAGCGAAAACAACAGUUUUUAAUAUGUUCAACAUUUAAUUAAUUUUUUUUUCAAACAUUAUUUACAUUCAAUAUUUUGCUCAUUUUUUCAAUAAAAUUUGCCAUUGUGCGAGCUGACAA